AUGACGCAACAUAUAACCAGCGAGGCAUUCGUCUCACUACUAGAGGCACUAUCUUCAACGGAUAACCAAAGGAGAACCGAUGCUGAUGCCCAAAUUACUGCACUAAAGCAACAUGACAUCAACACCCUCGUCAAACUCACACUUAGCAUCGCACUUAGCCAGGCAGCAGAUGAUAUCAGAUUACAGUCUGUGAUUCUCAUCCGUCUGGUGCUUGACCUCUCCAAAUCCGGCGAUACGCCGAGAAAUACAUGGAAUAGAAUCACUCCAGACGUCAAAAAUUUGAUCAAGACGUCCCUACUCAAAUCAUUGGAAACUGAAGUACAGGAUUCCAUAAGGAGAAACGUCUGUGAUACUAUUGCUGAUCUCUGCAUCUCGUGUCUGGACGACAAUGAGUGGCCAGAACUUUCCAGAUGCACUCUCCAGUUGAUCCAGAAUGACAAUGUCCUGUACAAGAAAUCUGGGCUCAAGCUGCUGGGUGAGUGUUUUGGAUUCUUUGCUGAAGAUUUCUCGAGGCAUGUUGACAGUUUGGCGCAGCUGAUAAAGGCUAGUUUGAUGAAUCCAAAUGCAUCAGUUAGAACUGAGGCUAUAUGCGCCGUAUCGUUGGCCAUUGAAGUGGAUGUAAUUAACUUGAGUUCACGUUUGGGCGAUGCUGUUCCUCUAAUUCUAGAGGGAAUCAAGCAGCUCCUUAUUUCAACUGAACCAUCUGCCAGAGAUGAGGCUGAACGUUCACUCGCUGGAGUCGUUAUGAUUGUAGAUAACAACGCCAAGGUUUUAAAGCAGAACUUGUCCUUAUUCUUCACAAGAAUGGCCGAUAUUGCACUGGGUGAGGGACAGUUUGCGCACGUUGACCACGAGUUGCGUUGUCUAGCCUUGGAAUCCUUGAUUACGUUGCCAGAAAGGAAACCAAAAAUGGCCCUUACAAUUCCAAACUUUGGCAUAAGAAUGGUCUCGUGCCUCAUGUCCUGUAUGCUUGAUAUCCAGGAUGACUCUUAUGCUGAAUGGCUUGAAACAGGUGAGGAAGAUGAUGACAUUCAGCGUCUAUAUGAUGCCGGAGAGGAAGGUUUAGAUCGCCUUGGAAAGGCAUUUGAAAAUAUUGACAAUUGUCCAUUCAUGGACUGGGUGCUCUCCACAGCAUCUCAGUAUAUCCAGCAGCCACUCUGGCAACACAAGUUUGUCGGUAUCAUGGCUAUUUCUCAAACUAUAGAGUAUCUCAUGGAUGAAGAAGUUGAGGAAAGGAUGCCUUCCAUCAUUAAUAUUAUGUUGGAAAAGCUCAAGGAUUCUGACUUUAGAAUUAGGUUUGCUGCGUGUCAAACUAUUGGACAAUUGGCUCUUGACCAUCAGCCCUAUGUCCAAUUGAACUUUUGUGAGCAGGUUAUCCCGAGUUUGAUUGCGACAUUUGAUGAUUCGAGCCCCAGAGUUCAAUCUCAUGCUCUCUCAGCCUUUGUAAAUUUUGCCGAGGAGGUUCAAAAGGAGGAUUUGUUACCCUUUGCAGACAUUAUUGUUGAAAAGUUGCUUUCCAAGAUUAAUCUCCACACAAAACGUGCUGUCAGGGAACAAGCAGUUACCUCGAUUGCAGUUAUUGCUGGUGUUUUGGAGGAGAAUUUCAUAAAGUACUACUCAACAGUCGUUCCUCUAAUGAAGGAGAUUAUAUCAAAAUGCCUUUCCACUGAAGAGAGGACAUGCAGAGGUAAAGCAAUUGAGUGUAUCUCCAUUAUUGGGUUGAGUAUUGGCGCAGACGUCUUUAGAAACGAUGGAAUAGAGUGUAUGAAUGCCCUUAUCCAAAUUAUGGAGCAACCCAGUGACUCAGAUGAUCCAGUAAAGGAGUAUAUUGAUGAAGCCUUGAGUAGGCUAUGUACUGCUCUUGGGACAAAUUUUUGUGCCUUUUUGCCAAAGGUUGUCCCAAUAUUACUCAAGGAGUUGGAUAGACACGUGAAAUCCUUUGGAUCAGACGAUGAUAUGACCUUGGCUCUGGGCUCAGAAGGUGCCGCUGGUUUGAGGACGUCUCUUGUUGAAGAGUUGGAGAGAACCUUGAAUCUUAUUGGAAAUAUUGUAGAGGAAAUGAAGGAAAAGUAUGAUGAGUACAUUGUGCCAACCGCCACGGCAAUCUUUCCCACUCUCUCUCUCGUCUUGACUGGUGAUCUCAAGCAGAGGGCUCUACAUGCCAUUGCACAAUUGAUUGAAGCGAAAAGGUCUGCCAUAGAAAAGGGAGAUGGAAAUAAAAAGUUGCUGUUUGAUAUUGUCUUGAAUACUGUAAAUACUGUAAUUAGUGACUUGGAAAAAUCCAGGGCACCAAAUUCCGAAUAUGAUGUUCCCGCUGACAUUUUGUCCGUUAGCGCUCAUGGACUUCACAAGUGUAUAGAUAGUGCCGGCCCAGGUAUAUUUGAUCAAAAUAUUUUGAGCAUAGUCUCUACAAAGUUGUUGCAAAUUAUUGAACAGUCGUCAAAGCUCAAAGCAAUUUACAAAAAAUGUAGGCAAGAAAAGGACCUUGAUCAGGAUGAACUAUUGGCCUUGGAUGAUGAUGAAGAUGCCGAACAGUCCUUUAGGUCAUCACUUUUGGAUAUUUUCGGUUCAAUAAUGAAGCAUCAUCCGGAUGAAUUCUUGGCAGCUUGUCAGCCACUAUGUCUUAAAUUCAUCUUGCUAAAUCUUGGAAAGACGUGUCCUGACGAUAUUUCCAUUGCACUCUACCUUUGCGAUGAUAUGAUCGAGCAUCUCAAGGGCAGAAUCUUGCCCUUUUGGGACCAGUUUUUGCCUCAUAUAUUUAAGCAUGUCGAAUCCAGAGAUGCCAAUGUUCGUCAAUCUGCAUGCUAUGGAGUGAGUCUCUUGGCUAGAAUCCCAGAAUUCUCAAGCUUGGCCAAUGAGUCGGCUCAAAAAAUUGUCCGUGCGAUCAAACUCCCAUUUGCUUCGUCUUCUAGGGAACAACAAACCGCUACAGACAAUGCAGUUGCUGCACUUGGAGAUUUGAUUCGAUACCAUGGCGCAAGUCUUUCCAAUGGUUCAAGCUAUCUCAAUGUUUGGUUGUCUAGUCUCCCCCUCAAGAGGGACGAAGUCGAGGGAAAACGCGUGCACAAGGACUUGAUGGAGCUUGUCUUGGCAAGUAAUCCCACGAUACUCGGCCCAGACAAUGUAAACUUGUCUCAGUUGGUCAAGAUUUUUAUCAGCAUCUACGAGACUGACUUUUCAACCGAGGAGCUCAAUAUGCAGAUUAUUAGCGUAAUCAGGCAGCUCGGCGAUGACUUUAUCCAAAAACUCGCUCCUUCUCUCUCCAGAAAACUCCAAAAGCAGCUGAGAAUUAUCGCAAAAACAAUGGCCAACAAGUAA